UUUUUUAUUAUCAGAUUUCAAUAUCUUCACUACUCAUUCAAAAACAAAGCCCAGAAACACAAAUCGCCUCCGCUCAGCCAAUCAAAAGCCUGAACCAUUAUACCAUAUACCUUUUACAACUCACAACCAAAACACAUCAACACAAUGGCAUUCUUCCUUCCCCAGACCUUCUACCAUAUCCAGGCUCCCCAGAACCCACUCUAUCAUCUCCUCAGGGAACUCGACCAGUCCGUUCAGCAGCCCCAGCAGCCCCAGCGAAAGCGCCAAUGCCAGCCUCAACAGAAGAGCCGCGCUCAGGCUUCCUGCCCUGCCUAUCGGGUGAACAGCCGCCCAUGGGAACCCCGGUUUGAGGCCCACGAGACGGAAGACUCCUUCGUUCUCUACGGCGAGCUCCCAGGCAUGAACAAAGAGCACGUCACUGUCGAGUUCCCUGAGCCUCGCAAGCUUGUUGUUAGUGGCAAGGUUGAGCGAUUCACAGAAUCCCCCAAGGCAGCUGAAACAACCACUGAGCAGACCGCUGCCUCCCCGGUCAUUGAGUCAGACAACGAAGACACCCGAAGCAGAAGCUCUUACCAGGCCACCGUCGAGGACGAUGUCGAUGACGACGAAUUUGAGGUCUUGAGCCACACAUCAGAGAAGUCGAAGACCAUGAGCCAGCCAGAGUCUGAGACACUCAGCGAGAAGGCCCAGGAGAAGCAGCCCGAGCAGCCCGAGCAGCCCGAGCAGCCCGAGCAGCCCGAGCAGCCUGAAGAGCCAAGACGCUCUGGCUAUAGCAAGGAGUUCUCGCGCUACUUCACUUUCCCGACUUAUAUCAACCACGAUGCGGUCACUGCCGACCUCAAGGAUGGGCUCCUGACCAUAGUAGUUCCCAAGGCUACUCCUAAGUCCCAACGCAUCAUGAUCAACUAA